AAAAUACAAGCUUGGUGAACUUGGUUCAAUGACCAUGAAAUAAUUAAGUAUAAAAUAUAUGGUGUUGUGCUAGAACGUAUUUCGUGCGGACCAAAGUAUCCCUUGUUCAUGAGUGACAUGUCGUGACAUUACUUACUGACAUCUAAUAUUUCCUUUUUUGGUACUUAAAGCACUUUGAAUCGGUCAUGAACGAAAGCGGAACUCCAAGUUUCGUAAGCUCUGAAUAGUUUUAGCAGCUACGUUAUUGGGUUCUCGACGGAUACUCGACUCGAUGGCAGUAGUGAUUCGAAUCCUGGGUGGCUUAAAUUUACUGUUGGUCGUUUCUUUGUGUCUUUAUGGCGACGCCAUUGGUUUCCCGUCUCUCGUCAACCGUAAGUUUGUCAAAAAUGGUACUAUUUCUAUCGGUGGAAUAUUCCCCAUCCAUGUUGGUGCUAGUUUUCGACCUAACUACAUGACUAUGUCUCAAGCAAUGGUCUACGCGGUUGAGAAAAUCAAUAACGAUUCAUCAAUACUGCCUAACAUUAGCCUUGGCUUUGAAGUCUACGAUUCAUAUCUAUCUAAAAGGCUUGCGAUGGAAAUCGCUCUAGAAAUGGUUAACAGACAAAAGAUGUCGUCGUUGUAUGAAGGCAAUUCAGACCAAGAACGUUGCAUCUCGCAUUCACAUGGACUAGGUCGUAUUCCAGCUAUGAUUGGAACCGGUACUUCCAGUAGUUCGAUUCUAGUAUCCAACUUACUUCAAGUGGAAGGUUUACCGAUCAUAAGUUACGCAGCAACGUCCGACGAACUCAGUAAAAGCAAUGUUUACUCUACAUUCUUUCGCACGGUUCCCCCUGACCGGUUUCAAUCUCAAGCCAUGGCUGAUAUUGCAUGUCGUUUCAACUGGACAUAUGUUGCAGCGAUUGCCGUGGACAAUGCGUACGGUCGCUCGGGUAUUGAUUACUUUCGAAAAAAGUCCCAAGAGAAAGGCACGUGUCUGGCAAUGGAAGGAUAUUUUCCAGAGCCUACGCACAACUUGAAUGCAACGAAGGAGAAGAUUCAAAAGAUCAUAAAGGAGUUGAAAACUCUUGAAAAUGUUGAUGUUGUUGUCCUAUAUUGCACUUCAAGGGGCGCAAAACUAGUUAUGGAAGAAGUUAUGAGGCAGAAGGUUUCGCACAAGACGUGGAUUGCAAGCGAAGGUUGGGGGAAUUCCAGGAAAAUGCUGGAUGAAAAUUUGAUGCCUGUGAUCAAGGGGCUUGUAGGCGUAGUACUGCGGAAUAGUGUGGUUGAUGAGUUCGUAGAAUACUUAGUAAACCUACCAUCUACGUACAGACCAGUCGACUGGUGGACUAAAUUUUGGGACGAACAAUUCGGAACCGUUAACCCCAAAAUCACGAGAGAAAUUUAUAUUAAUAAAAUGCAUACGAGCAUGUCUGCAAAUGUCAUAAAUGCUGUCUUUGCUAUUGCACAUGCAUUAGACGCAAUGCAAAGGUGCAAGGAACCGUUUGGACUUCUAGAUGGUGGCAAAUGCCCAUCUAUAACGAAUCCCAAAGAUCUUCUAAGAUAUUUACAUAAUGUGAACUUCACAAGCCCAGUAUCACGAGUUCAUUUUGAUGCCAAUGGUGACCCAGAUGGAUCUUAUUCCAUCGUUAAUCUACAAGAAAAAAAUGGUUCUUGGGAGUUCACGCAAAUCGGUUCUUGGGUCGCGGCCAGGAAUGUCCCUCUCGAUCUAGAUGAUGCUAUGAUUAUGUGGGAUGGAGAUAGCAAAGGUGAUGUUCCAAGGUCUAUCUGUAAGGAAACAUGUUCUCCUGGUUAUAGACAAACAGCAGAAAUCAGUUGUUGUUGGGAGUGCAUCAAUUGUGGUUAUGAUGAAAUAUCUACGACUUACGGCGCCAAGAACUGCACCAAAUGCCCUCCAGAGACCAUYCCUAAUCCAGGGCACACUAAAUGCUUGGAUGUACCCAUUGUUCACAUUACCUACGACAGCUCUGUAGGCAAAGCAUUCCUAGUUAUUGGACUUCUUGGAUUCUUAGCUUCAGUGUGCGUCGCUCUUUUAUAUAUCAAGUACAAUAGCACGCCGGUCGUGAAAGCUUCCAAUAGAGAUCUCAGCUAUAUGCUUCUCUUCUGUAUUUCUAUGUGUUAUUUAGCCCCUUUUGUAUACCUUGCGGAACCAUCUAACCUCGUGUGCGUACUCAGCCAAGUAUGGUUCUACCUCUUCUACACGACGUGUAUCGUUAUUCUUGGUGCCAAGACCAACAAGAUUGUACUGCUCUUCCAAGAAAGAAUGCCGCGUUCAAAAUUCUCUUCCGGAUUCGGGAAAUUCCGCCAUGUCUUCUUCGUUGUAUGCACAGCCCUCGCAGAGAUCAUUAUCAUAGUAGUUUGGGUCUCUGUGGAUCGGCCAAGUCCAUACUUAGAUAAAUCCAAUGACAGAAUGUAUAUCCAGACCUGCAAACCAUCGGUGACUUCAGCAGGCAAAGCUUGCAGUAACAUUCUGAUGGUUAUCCUUAUCCUCGCUUCAUUCACUUGCAGCUACUUCGCCUAUAAGGCAAGGAAGCUACCAGACAACUUCAACGAGGGCAAAUUCAUAGCAUUCUCAAUGUAUAUUCUAGUAAUCUCAUGGCUUGCAUUUUAUCCAGUCUAUCUCAACAUACACGACAUAUACAGCGUUGUUGUUUUGAGUGCCACCACGAUUGUCGCCGCCACGGGAUUGYUGUUUUGCAUGUUUUGGCCAAAAAUAUACAUCAUUAUCUGGAGGCCGCACAAGAACACGAAGCAAUAUAUGAAAGAACAGUUGACAAGGCAUGCCUUUCGGUUAGACACUGCGGAGACAGCAGCACGCCAUCAAAAAAACAUGAGUACGAGCUCGACUAAUGAGGCGAUUUCCGUACCCACUGAUACUCAAAUAUGAUUUAUAGAAAAUAACUGCUAUAUAUAUCUUGCAUUGUGUUUGCAAGGGCGGAUCCAGGGGAGGGGCCCAGGGGGUCCGGACCCCCCUCCCUUACAACUCGUUUUCCCCUUUUUAACAUACGAUAUAUUACAGAUAAUCUUUAAACUAUGAUAUCGUAAACCUUUUCUAUUGAAAGUCAUGUAGGUUUAUAAAUUGAAAGCCAAAUCACGUUGUCGUGUUUGCGUUAUGAAGGUUACGUCAAAAAUGACGUCACUAUAAUUGAGUGUAGGUUUUGGACCGCCCACCCCCUCAAAAAAAUCCUGGAUCCGCCAUUGACUUGACAGCACACAUGCGCACUUUCUAUUUCUUCAUUCGUAUCCAAAGUAACAAGUAUAGUUUGUAUUUUACUGAAGACAUUUAAAAACUUGCUUGCUGUGUUGUAUGCAGUUAUUAAGCAUGUGGGGAAUGGAGAACACGGGAAGCACUACUCCUCCCCUUGUGCCUGAAACUCAGAUUACUACUCCUAAGUCUUAUUUCGCUUCUCUUAACACUUCUCUUGUUCUGCCAAUCCCCGCAUGCUACUCCGCAGCACGUGUGCGCAUUUUUGAUGUAGCAAUAUUUGAUGUGUAAGUAGGCCAAUGAAACCGUGCCCAAGGAAUGCACGUUUUAUAUACACAUUGUUUAUAAUGUAGUUUGAUAAAUCACUGAUAAAUAUUUCAUGAUAGCUUUAAACAAAAACGAGUGGGGGAGAUGGGUUGGGUAUAUGUGCGCGGGGACUGGGAAAUGCUGGCGUCUUUGGUUAGAGAUGCGGUAUGUCGCAGUACCAUAUAAACAGAAAUUAUAGCCAUAUAGAGAGAGUAAAUUGUACAAGAAGUUAAAACAAAGUGGAGUAAAAGCUCUUGUCAGUAAACUGUUCCCAGGAUGCAUUUCAAAUCAGGAAAAUAUACUUAAUUUUACUGAUGGGAUGUUUGCUUACUAAACUAUUACUUCUGAAUGCGGAAAAAAAAAAAGGGAUUGGGUAGUCACUCUUUCUAAAAAGAUAUCGCCAACUUGAUAACAAUAUGCUUUUUUUUUUAAAUAAAAACAAUUCUGGAUACGGUCGGGUUUGAACGAACCCAACCGCAGAAAUUAAAAACAAAAAA